GUUUACUUUUGGAGCCAGUUUUUUUAAAGCAACAUCGGAUUGGAUCAAUCUGAUCCGGAUAGGAACUUUUCAGGAUCACCAAAUCUGGAAACCAGUGUUCAAAGAGGAUAGGAAAUCACAAUGUAGAACUAAAGAUAUGUAAGAGAGCAACAAGUAGAACAGCCAGUGUAAGGUCAAUAUAAGUUUAUUUUUAUUUGAAAUGAAAACACACACAUUUAAAAAAAAACUAAAAACAGGAAAAACCCCACCUCAUCCUCUUCCAGCAGUCUGCUCAUCUGAGACCUAUAACACAAACAAUUGAGCGUUUAAAUUGAGUUCUGAGAGCGGAACCACAGAAAGCAUGCAACAUAACCCUUGCCUGUAAUGUCCUGCUCAACAUUGCUACUAAGCACAAUGUCCCUCUCUGUGCUGACAAUGAUGCACCUGAGGAGACCCUAACCAACCUCCUGCAUUCUGCCAGAACGAGCAAACAGGACGUUCAACAAGGGACGAAGUAAACACUAUUUCUGAUUUCGAUUUGUUUUGGAUUUCAAAAAUCAGUGAUUGCUAUUCUUUGCAUUUUUUUGGUUAUUCUGUAAUCAUUGCAUGCAUCACUAAUACAUAUUCUAAAAACAAAAUUUGAUUGUGCUGAAUAUAUAUAUCAAUUAGUGACAGAAUAAAAUGUAUUGUUUUUGGUCAAUUUUGACAGCUGUUUGGAGGAUUAUUUUAUGAGGCCAAACUCUUUCUACUUUGCUGUAGGCCUAUACUGAAAGGCUGAAUACGUUAAAGCCUACCUAAUCACUGCAGCCUGAUGGAUGAACAAAUAAAAUGAAAACCUUAUGAAUAAAUAGGAUAUCUUGUAAAUACUGCAUGAUCCAAAUAUAAACUCAGCAAAAAAAGAAACGUCCUCUGACUUUCAACUGUUUGUACUUUCAGUAAACUUAAUGUGUAAAUAUUUGUAUGAACAGUAAAAGAGUCAACACCAUAAGACAUAAACUAAAAAUGUUUCACAGACACUUUUGACUAAUAGAAAUAGAAUAAUGUGUCCCUGAAUGAAGGUAGGCUCAAAAUCAAAAGUACCAGUCAGUAUCUGGUGUGGCCACCAGCUGCUUGAAGUACUGCAGUGCAUCUCCUGCUCAUGGACUGGACCAGAUUUGUCAGUUCUUGCUGUGAGAUGUUACCCCACUCUUCGACCAAGGCACUUGCAAGUUCCUGGACAUUUCUGGGGGGAAUGGCCCUAGCCCUCACCCACGAUCCAACAGGUCCCAGACGUGCUCAAUGGGAUUGAGAUCCGGGCUCUUCGCUGGCCAUGGCAGAACACUUACAUUGCUGUCAUGCAGAAACUCACGCACAGAACGAGCAGUAUGGCUGGUGGCAUUGUCCUGCUGGAGGAUCAUGUCCGGAUGAGCAUGCAUAAAGGGUACCACAUGAGGGAGGAGGAUGUCUUCCCUGUACCGCAAGGCAUUGAGAUUCCCUGCAAUGACACAAGCUCAGUCCGAUGGUGAUGUGAUAUACCGCCCCAGACCAUGACGGACCCCCCACCUCCAAAUCGAUCCCGCUCCAGGGUACAGGCCUCGGUGUAACGCUCAUUCCUUCAACGAUAAACACGAAUCCGUCCAUCACCCCUGGUGAGACAAAACCGUGACUCAGCAGUGAAGAGCACUUUUUGCCACUCCUGUCUGGUCCAGCGAAGUUGGGUUUGUGCCCAUAGGCGGCGUUGUUGCUGGUAAUGUCUGGUAAGGACCUGGCUUACAACAGGCCUACAAGCCCUCAGUCCAGCCUCUCUCAGCCUAUUGCGGACAGUCUGAGCACUGAUGGAGGGAUUGUGUGUUCCUGUUGUGACGCGGGCAGUUGUUGUGGCUAUCCUGUACCUGUCACGAAGGUGUGAUAUUCGGAUGUACCGAUCCUGUGCAGGUGUUGUUACACAUGGUCUUCCACUGCGAGGAUGAUCAGCUGUCCUUCCUGUCUCCCUGUAGCGCUGUCUUAGGCGUCUCACAGUGCCGACAUGGAAAUGUAUUGCCCUAGCCACAUCAGCAGUCCUCAUGCCUCCCUGCAGCAUGCAAAUGCACGUUCACGCAGAUGAGCAGGGACCCUGGGCAUCUUUCUUUGGGUGUUUUUCACAGUCGGUAGACAAGUCUCUUUAGUGCCCUGCGUUUUUAGAACUGUGACCUUAAAUGCCUACUCUCUGUAAACUGUUAAGGUCUUAACGACCAUUCCACAGGUGCAUGUUAAUUAGUUGAUUAUGGUUAAUUGAACAUGCAUGGAAAACAUUGUUUAAACCCUUUACAUUGAAGAUCUGUAAAGUUAUUUGGAUUUUUACAACAUUAUUGUUGAAAUACACAGUCUUGAAAAAGGGACGUUUCUUUUUUUGCUGAGUUUAGUAUUAUUUGAAGUUUUCAUAACAUUUUGGGCAUUGAAUCCAUGCUGAAUCCACCCUUCUGAUGGGAUCAGUUUAAUCCAGAUUUUUUGGAUCAAAGUGAUCCAAAUCCUACAAAAAAGUUCUGAAAAACCCAAACUAAAGAUUUGAUCCGGAUCAAAACCAAGAUUGGAUUACGAUUAUGUAAUCCGUUUUUUCUUUUGAAAAACACAUUUUCAAGAUUUGAUCCAAUCUGUUAUCCAAAAUCCUAGUGGAUUACUUUUGAAACCACAAUUUUGCGUUGUUAACUCAAUGCUCUACCACCGAGCUACAGGAAACAUAAGGUGGUUAUUAACAUCUGCAAAUGUAAAUCCUUGUUAGUUUGUCCUGUACUAGUGCAGCACACAAAUUAAUUUAACCCUUCCUCAGAUUAUGUACAGAUGCAAAGUAUACAAUAAAAACCUAUGCAUUUCUGUUUCGUAUAAAAAUGCUCGUAUGCCUUUUAGUCCCAUAAAUCAAACACUUGAUGUUUGUUUUCGCUUUUCUUUAACCAAUGCCGUCUAUGGUAAACCAAGCAACUGGCUGUCACCAAUAGUAUUCUUCAUAAACGUUGCAUGAAAGCGUUAAUUUGUGUCACGGUUUAUUUAAUCCUGGAUUUGUGGAUCGCUUGGAUGCGCCGGCAAACAUGACGUCAUCGCGGUGUUGGCGGAAGUUCACAUUGAGUGCUCCCGACCUCAUUUCGCAUAGCGGUGUGCCAUCUUUUCUGUAACUGCGCGCGCGGCAACGUAUCUGAAAACGGACGAGGCGGAUACGAGUCUUGCCAAUUAUGCACGUCUGUACAUGAACAAUGCAGACUCUUUAUCUAAUACGUUUUAAAUAACAUAUGUGAAGUUGUAUGUAAGUCCAUAGUUUUAAUAGAAACAUAACAUAAAUAAUGUUCCUGUAGUGAGACGAUAGUAAACUUGUGGUCGCUAUAAUUUACACUAUACAUACAAAACACUUAUUUUCCACGUUAAAAUACGUGCUGGUAAGUAUACCCGACUGCUCCGAGUCGCCUUCCGUCGUUUCAAAGAAUAGCAAAACGGUUUUCGCGUCAAAUUUCUCCUCGUCCGUUUGCGGAGGUGCGCAUGCAGUUAGAGGAGGCUCUCGGAUCGGAGCUAGACGAAUGUAUAAAUCCCGUUUAUCUCUCGGGCAGUAAGGAGAGUGCGAAUAAAGCUUUCCAGCAUCAUUUUCCGACUAUUCCACAAGACGAAUGAACCGGAAACGAAAACUUCCAUAUAGCUAUUACACCGGAAGUGUAUCAAGAAAACAGUCCCGUUCUGAAGAAUCUUAAGCGCUCGUAAACAAUGUUUAGUGCGUUUCAUCAAAUACACCCAGCUUUAAGUUUCUGAGAAACACAGGGAAACAUUGCGGACAAAGGCGAAAGUAAGCUUAUUCAUUUGUGGUGUCAAGUUAGAUGAUGGGUGUUUUCCUACGAAACUACGCCUCUGUGUUUUCUUAAAAAGCAAAGCGAGUUGAAUUAAAUGUGAAUGUGUGUCCUUAGCUCGCUCCUCUGCUGUACGGCACGAUGCCAGCCUUACUGGAAAGACCAAAGCUGUCAAGUGCGAUGGUCAGAGCCCUCCAUAAGCACAUAAUGAAAGAGAGAAUGAGAGGGAGAGAGAAAGACAGGCAGAAAGACAAGUUAUCUAGGUCGAUCUCACGAACCGAUGUCAAUUUGAUGACGACACCGCGUGAUGAAGUCCAGAAUGCGUGAGGACGUUAAUGAAUUAUGUCAUCGCCUGUGUGGUCCUAUUACGUAAGAGACCGGAGGAAAGGGAGCAUGUUUCGCAUUCAUCACUCAUAAUAAACGUCUUGCCCAUUCAGGAAAACCCACGCGGGAUCAGUGGAGACCCGUGGUGCAGACACAGCAGUCCAUUAAGUCUCAAUAGAGCUGGAACUCUUUUAGGAGAACGUGGUGAACAGUUGUUAAAGACUCCUCUGAUGCCUAAGAAGUGGAUAAAAUGAUGGAACAGAAAUUGAAAGAAGAGGAUGAAAGAAAACUAACUAAAGAAAUGGUGGAACAAAUGUCAUUGGAGGAGACCAAAGAACAGGUUCGAAAAAUGGAUGAAAAAUUGCUAAUAUUGCAAGAGGAGAAACAUCAACUCUUCUUACAGCUUAAAAAUGUCCUUCUUGAGGAGGAUAGAAGGCGAAGAGAGGAGCAAGACGAUAUUUCUACACUGUCAUCAACAAACUACCAGUCCAGCAAACAUCAACACUCAGGACAGCAUCUACUCCGUAUACAUGGCAGUCCAUUGAGUCACAACAGAACUCUUUUAGGAGAACGUGGUAAACAGCUGUUCCAGACUCCUCUGAUGCCUGGCUACCCCUUCCACAACCAGCCAGGUUUUCCUUCUGGUUCCUCAGAGCAUGGCCAAUUUUCAGGAAGCACUGCAGUCCAUGAGCCAUAUGCAGUUACUCAGGCUCCGCACCAUUCCUCUUACGGGGCUGGUGCUUCUGUGCCCAUCAGCUUUGCAGGCACCCCCCAGAUCAUAGGUCCAGAUGGAACGAAGAAAAUGUCCGGAUCCGGCCCACGGUCCGCCAAUUGAAGAUGACUGAGCGACAGGAACACUUUGGUGGUCAUUUGCAUUGUUUUUAAUCAAGCAUUUCUAAACUUAACCAUUUCAUUACUACUUUAUUAUUUGAACCUUCACUACUUAAAAAGAUUUGGUGAGGAUAACGGUUUGACACAGCUUAUUUCUGAGGCUAUAACUUCAUAAGAAUUGGCUUUAUCAUUAAUAAGUAAUUAAUGUCCAAUGCAAAAGACAAUUGUGGACUUUAAACAAUAAAAAAUAGUUUACAGGUUCCCAAUCUAAAUAUUAAUUUGUUUAAGGGAUGGGAAUCCUUCUCGGUUAUGUGUAUCUGAAAGUUUUUAAGCUAUUGAGCGACUACAGAAAUGUACAGUUUGCUGUUGUUGGCUUUGUGAUUUUUACAGUUAUACGUUGUUUUUAGUUGUCUUUGAAUAGUAUUCUUUUCUUGGUGUCUGCCAAAAAGAGGCCGAAACCCAUCACAAACUGAAACAAAGUUGUGAUUUAUAUGUGCUCUUUUUUUAAAAGGGUCAUAUGACCCCUUAAAUAUUGAGUUGGGUUGCCUUGCUAGAAUACAAAUUAGUAUUAUUUUUUUAAUCACAGUCUUUGAAAGAACAAAACCGUAACAUUACUGUAACAAUUAAUUGAAAAGGACACAGAAGGGAUGAUAACGAUUCCUUCAAAAUUUCAGCCAGCCCCCAAAUUUAAAGACAGAAGCCUAGCGUUCAUUUGUCUUUCAACCUUGAUCGCCAAGCAUCAAUCAAGCCACCUUAUGCCACUUCAGGCCAGGGCAUUAUAGGUAGAAAAUUAAAGUAAAAAGAUCUAAGGCUUAUGGCACAUUCUUCAAACUCUCACAAUAUAUCUGGAAAGCAAAUACUUCUGACAAUUUAAUAAAAUGGUGACUUCCUCGUAACAACAUUGUGAUUCUCCUCGUCUUUUUGGGGAAGCAGUAGGGGCUCUGCCUUCAUGUAUCCUUAUGUACACACCUGCUUGUGUGAUAUUGUCACUUGUCUUAGGGUUUUUUACAUUAAGGUACUGAAGAGGAAAGAGAAGGUACACAGAACACUUGGUUCUGGAGUGAAGAGACAAAACUGCAUCCUAUUACUCAUGUUACGGCCUUUGUGUCUGUCCUUCACAGGAAACUUGCAGUAUGUUAUUACUUCUCCUUUGCCCAAAAUUGCUUAUAAAUAAAAUGAACCACAAAACAGCCCUCUUAUAACUAUUUACUAUUUACUAGUAGUAAUUUACUACUAUAGUAAAUUACUAUUUACUAUUGAAUACGGAUCGCAAAUGGGGGAGGGGUUGUACGCAUUUUUUCUAGUUGUAAAAUAAAAAAGGUGGAAAAAGCUUUGCCAAUCAGACUUUAAUUAAAAAUUCCCCCAAACACCGAAAAUGUUCUCCCCACCCUGACUGUUCAUCUCGAUCUCUUUGUUUAGAACAAUUUUCAAUUGUUAAAUGGUAUUACCUAAUUAUUUAACCCAUAGAUGGGUUUCAAAGUACAGAAGGAGAUAAAACAGAAAUCAAAAAGGUUGAUGGCAUUGCUGAGGUCUUAUUCUCAUUUAUCCCGGUCCAGUGCAUCUUGUCAAACCCUGAGAGAAGGAAGAGAAGUACAGGGGUGAGGUAUGGGAAAAUAAAGAACAAGUUCAAUGACACAAAGAAGUAGGAAAAAGAUGAAGAAACACAGUAAAAAAAACAAUUUUGUGGUUGCCAAAUAAAUUAAACAUAACAAACAAAGGGUUUAAUUUAAAUGUCAAUGGGAUGUCAACUACAUUUAUAUAAAAGAACAAACAACGAAAGUAAUAUAUACGAAAAAGAGUGAAAUCUUCCAGAAAUUAAAUGUAUUUUUUCCAUUUUUCUUUGUUCAUUUGAGUGAUAAAUGUGCACAGUAAGAUAAGUACACUUUUACUCUAUUAAAGAACAGCAGAUACAUUGUAGGCACUACGACAGAAUUGAAAACGCUGUAUAUGAUUUCUUAAUUU